UCGGAAAUUACAGACCUACCAGUACUAGUGAGGCAGAGCAGAGGGGAGACCAAAUCAGAGGUUAAGACCAAAUUAGCUGGUGGUGAUUGCCGGCCUACUCAUACAGCUUCACAUUAUAUCCGCGUGAAAUUAAUGCUCCUGACAAAUACUCCCAACUGUAAAAGUAAUAAAGCAUGGCCUAUCUUUUCCUUCUACUAUAUAUAGCAUGAAUCAUCCAGGAAGUUCAACGCAUUCACUCACUCAAAUACCUACCUCCCUAUCUUGCCUUCCCCACUAGCUACCCUUUUGAUGCUUUGCUUCAUUUUUGCUUCAAUGGAACCUGAGAAGCUCUUAAGGAAUUGGAUGAAGAGUUUAGUGGCAGUGUUGGUGGUUCUAGGUUUGUGGGUUGGGGUUAGAGCUGCACCACAAGUACCGUGCUACUUCGUUUUUGGGGAUUCUUUGGUUGAUGAUGGCAACAACAAUCAGUUAUCGUCUUUGGCUAAAGCCAACUACUUUCCCUAUGGGAUUGACUUCCGUGGAGGCGCAACAGGAAGGUUUUCCAAUGGGAAAACUACUGUUGACGUUAUUGCUGAGCUUCUGGGGUUCGACCAUUAUAUUCCUCCCUAUUCAACAGCCAGAGGACAAGACAUACUCACAGGGGUCAACUAUGCAUCAGCAGCUGCAGGAAUCAGAGAGGAAACUGGACAGCAACUGGGAGGGCGAAUCAGUUUCAGUGGGCAGGUGCAGAAUUACCAAAGGACCGUGUCCCAGGUGGUGAACAUACUGGGAGAUGAGGCUCAAGCUGCAAAUUACCUGAGCAAGUGUAUAUAUUCAAUUGGAUUGGGCAGUAACGAUUACCUCAACAACUAUUUCAUGCCCGCAUUUUAUUCCAGCAGUAGGCAGUACACACCAGAACAGUAUGCUGAUGUUCUCAUUCAACAAUAUGCUCAGCAAGUCAGGGGUUUGUACAACAAUGGAGCACGGAAAAUGGCGUUAUUUGGGGUUGGUCAAAUAGGAUGCAGUCCCAAUGAACUUGCCCAGAAUAGCCCAGAUGGAAGAACAUGUGUGGAAAGGAUCAACGCUGCAAACCGACUAUUCAACGACAGAUUGAGAUCUCUCGUUGAUCAACUCAACAACGAGCUGACUGAUGCAAAACUCAUCUACAUUAACACCUACGGAGUCUUUCAAGAAAUAAUAAGCAACCCGUCAGCCUUCGGAUUUAGGGUUACGAAUGCGGGUUGCUGUGGAGUAGGAAGGAACAACGGUCAAAUUACAUGUCUGCCAGGGCAGCGUCCAUGUCCGAACAGAAGAGAGUACCUGUUUUGGGACGCUUUUCAUCCAACUGAGGCGGGUAACACCAUUAUCGCAAACAGAGCUUACAGUGCUCAAUCUUCCUCCGAUGCCUACCCCAUGGAUAUCCGCCGCUUGGCUCAGAGCUGAAGAACCUUGGCGAACAAGAAGGAAGGAUCCGGAGGGGUUGAAGAAGAUUUUGGGAAAAUUACCUUAAGGAUCCCCAAAUAUUAAAAGAAGUUUACAUUAAAGCGUCUACGAGUAUUAUUUCCCAAAUUGCAAUGUUUCUGAUUUGCUAAUGUUAGUCCAUAAGUACUAAGUAUCAUGUUUGUCUUGAAGUUUCUUGUGGUUAUCGUUGAGGAAUUCUCAUUCGAAGUGUAAUUGCCGUAUGCUUUUAUGAUUGGAAUAUUAAAUUAAAUAU